CUGUCGAGCGGAGCGGAGAGCUAACAGGAGCGGAGCUCAGUGCCGCAGUACAGUUAGCAGUUAGCUAAACGGCUAGCUGACGUUCGAGAACACAACAUGUCAACCGAAAAAAAAAGAAAAGCUACGCGACGCAGCGAACAGCCACACGUCCGAUAAAACCCGUCUUUAAUUCAGCUCCCUAUCGAGUCACGAGGGGCUAAAGCGAACUAAGCUACCGGUCGCGGUCGCACAACCCGGAUCGAGAUGACAGCGCCAGCGGUUGAAUCAGCUGUGGCCCCGGGGAUCGCUAGGAACUGUUAGCCCCCCCGAAGCUAAGCUAGGACACAUCCAGGAGCGGACAUUCAGCGGAACUGCUGCAGCGCUGUGCCACGUCCACAUCCGGACACCGAGAAGCGACUUCCUCCCUCCGCGCUCACCACCUCUGCUGCACCGGAGCAACGGCACCGGUUCACGGGACGGAGAGCGGUGCAACCAGGCACCGCGAGGAUAAGUUGAUAUAUCACUAAUGCUAUUAUUCUAUUCUUCUAUUUUCUAUAUUGUAUUUUUAGGAUUUUUUUUAGCACCACUACGGUUAUUCCCGCCAGUAUCUGAUGACGUAACGUGUCGGUGUUUGCUGAAGAAAUCAUUUAUGUGUCAUGUAAAAGUCAUGUGUUGUGUCAAUUUCUUCAAAGUAUUCGCCUCUGAAGUUAAGUCAGGUCAAGCUUAUUUAUUUGGCACAUUUCCUUUUGACAAGCCAAGACUCAAAGCAGCGUCUUUGAAUUUGAAUGUGAAAUACUUUCUCCAUCUUGGAGCUUUCUUGAGAGAAACUUGAUUAAUACACAUUUAUCACAUUUUAUUUUAAAUAAUGAGAUUUUUUGCUAUGGUUCACACUCCACCACUUAGUAGGUGGCAGCAAUAUUGCUUGACACCUGCCUUUAAAAAGAAGACGAAGCAAAGAAGAAGGAACAAGAAGAAGAACAUCAACAACAAUAAAUAGUAGAAGAAGAAAAUGUAAGAUUGGCAAUUCUCCAGAUUCUCCAGUUUUAAGAGGAUAAUUGUGUAACUAGAAAAUAAUAAAGGCAAGUGAACAGUCAAAAUACAACACUUGAAGCUUUUACGUUCUUCAUGUUUUCACACUAAACUUCCUAUGGGCUGAGCCAUCAAGUGUUGUCUCAGCCCAAAUUUCCUCAAUGAGCUAUUUCAUCACAAAUCUGGCAUGACUUUGAUCAGUUGAUCAUAUUGAAGGUGCCGUGGGGCCAAGUCAUUUUGGCUACCAAAAUUCUGUAAUCCCUCGCCCUUUUUUUCUGCAAAGUCAGAGGCGUUGAAGUGAAUGCGCAGCAGCCCCGAGAGACGGUGUUCAUCAUCUUGUCCAACCCUGCACAAGAGCUCGCUCUGAAAUUAAACUGCACUUCCUGGGAGGCGGGCGACUGGAGCACAACUCCCUCUAAAGCUGUUAAAAUGUAUAGACAGUAAACCAUCUGAGAUUCCUAAAAUAUUUCCCUCUCACGCCCUCCCCCCGUCCGGGCUUUAAGGUUGGGGUAUUGUGGGUAGAUGAAGACAGGUCUGUGAGCCAUGGCUGCUGCCCAGGCUGGCUGAGCUGGGGGGGGAGGAGGGAGUGGUGCUGGUGGUUAUUUCGGGAGGGUUUAUCAGCAAGCAUCCCCUCCUGUAGAGAGUGCUUGAGAGUGACAUGGCAAGUGUUGAAUACACGGGAGGAUGCACACACACACACACACACACACACACACACACACACACACACACUUUUGCCCCCUAACGCCCUUUUGAGUGCCCACCCUCCGACACAGCAUUCCAGAUGAAAGCCAGCCACCCCCCUCCUGUCUGCUCGUGGGUGGAGUGAUUUUCCUUAGUCACAGAGAGACAGAAGCCUCUCACUCAUUGAUACUCGAGGAGUUUGAGGAACCGAAGAAGGGCAGCGCAACAAAUACCCCCUCAUACACACGGCGGGAUGGUAGCGGAGGAGAUCGUGGUCUCCCUCUCAGGAGGAGCCCCGUGGGGCUUCAGGCUGCAGGGAGGAGCAGAGCAGCAGAAGCCUCUACAGGUGGCGAAGGUUCGCAGGCGCAGCAAAGCCUGCAGAGCUGGACUGAAGGAGCACGAUGAGCUGGUUGCCAUUGGCGACCAGGUGUGUGCAGAGCUCAGUCAUGCUCAGGCCAUGAGCUUCAUCGAUGCACAGAGUGCUACACUCAGCCUGAGGGUUAAAAGGGCCCCCGCAGGACUCAAGUCCUCAUCUCAGUCUGGUCGCUCUUUAUCACCCCGCUGCCCCAUGAGGGUCCUGUCUCCGCCCGUGGACCCCCUGCCAUCCCACUGUCCCUCCAUCCUCUCCCCCACUGGGAUCCCCAAAGGCAUAACUUCCCCUCCAGACAGCGAGGCCUACUACGGAGAAACAGACAGUGACGCAGACACACAGUCACUCGCUCACCGCCGCCAACGCCGAACACCUCCGCAUGCACGCUCACCUGGGCGCUAUGACAACCAGGAAGAGGAGGAGACCUCAGAGAUGAGCGGGUACGAGAGUGCCACAGAUGCAGGGGUUUCCUUGCAGGGGCCGUGGGACGGUCAGUGUCUCGUUGGCGUCCCUCGCAGAGAGCUGAUCUACCAGCCCCCCCAGACAGAGUGGACCCCUCCGGCACACACCCCACACACUCUGACCCCUCACACACUCACCCCGACCCCUGAUCGGGGGUUGGUGGAAGCAGAGGGAGAAGGUGACAGCGGCUUCCAGGAGGCGGCCGGCUUCAUUGGGCUGACCUGCCCACCCCUGGUGUCUCCUGAACGGGCGAAAGAGGCUAUGAUGUUGGGCUCUAGUAAACAAUUGGUGGCCAUGGUGGGACUACAGCAGACCCCCGUCAGUGAUGAGCUCUCCACCACCUACAAAGACAAAGCACGGCAAGCCAAGUUGCAGCGUGGGGAGAGUGUGGUGGAGAAGCAGGUGAAGGAAGCUCGCACCAAAUGCCGCUCAAUCGCCUCCUUGCUGACUGACGCUCCCAACCCCAACUCGAAAGGGGUGCUCAUGUUCAAGAAGCGCCGGCAGAGGGCCAAGAAGUACACGCUGACCUGCUUUGGGAAAGUUGAGGGGGACCGAGGAGGGGAGACAGAAGGGGAUACAGGAGGAGAGACGGAGGAGGAAGGAGGAAGCUCCAUCCUAAGUGGCUCAGAGGUGGAUGAAGAGGGAUUCUCAGCAUCGUUUGACCCCACGUGGGAUUCAGGUUACCUGGACCUGUUGGACCGGAGGAGCUCCGCCUGCCCGUCGACCGCACCAACUACUCCAACCGCACCGAAAACCAAUCACAGCCCAGGGCUGGACAUCUCGGCCCGUCAGACUCCAGGACUUGUGACCCCCGAAAAUCAACGCCCGGGGUUGGAGGGCUCGGCCUAUCAGGGCUCAAGGCUGGAGAGCAGCGUCACAAAGCAGCCAGUCAGUAACCACCCUGCACACAUGUCUCCUCCGGCCGUGGCUCAGACCAACGGGGUGUCAGUCGCUGUUAGUCGGGCGAGUGUUGUUCUGAGCCCAGCCUCUCAGACUCCCCUUCUGAGUCAAAACGGGCCCCAUGGAAACUCUAAUCCAAGCUCUCCCCCUAAUCUCAGUCCUAACCCAAUCACAGACUCAGACCAUCUCCUGAACUCCAGCCUCAAUCCCAAUCUAAGUGUCCUGAACCGUACCGCACGACCCUUCACCCCAGGCCCGACCUCUGCCCGCGCAUCUGUCACCUCUGUGAUGUUUCGCCCUCCCCAACCCAAACCCACCACCGUGACCAUGGAAACCAAGCCCGUGGCGGCCGUCUCCAUGGUGACUAUGCCGCCUACUUGCCAUCCGCCAGGGCCAGAUGCGAGGAGGGAAGUGUCUAGCACCUCUCUGUACAUCGCUGCAAGGAACAACAACUCUCAUCCCUCGGUUCACUCUCCCCCCUCAGCUCUCUUACCUCCCUCCUCUCUGUCCUCCCCACCUUUCUCCCAGCCUCCUGCACACCCACACACAUUUUCUCCUCAGCCGGCGGUGCACGCUUCCGCCUCCACCGCUUUGUCUCCUUCUGUAGCUCUAGGAUCUCCAGUCUGUCCAUCCCCCGCUCAAACCUUCUCCCCUCCAGCUCAGCUGUCGUUCUCUUCUCCUCCUGCUCACCCACCUCCCUCCACUUGCCUUUCUGUUCCUCCCACCUCCCCACCAUAUGCCCCUGGUCCUUCUCAGGUGUCUUUCAAUGCCCAGCCCGUCCAUCUUCCUCCUCCCACCCAGCCUCCUCCACCUCCGUCUGUCCGCCCCCACCUGAACACAACGGGUGCAGUGACCCCUGGGCCCCAUGCUGCCAUGGCAACUGCACCGCCUCCCCAGGCUCCUGCCGCUGAUUCACUGGCGACGCGUGAGCAGCGCAUCUCUGUGCCCGCCGCUCGCACCGGCAUCCUGCACGAUGCCCAUCGUCGUGGCAACAAGAAGCCGAUGUUUUGCGCAGUCCAGAACAGAGAUGUUUCCCCAAACCCGGAUUUGUUGUCGAUGGUCCAGAACAUGGACGAUCGCUUUGUGAGAACCCCCGGUGCAGAAUCCGGGGUCGCACCCAGUGUGGAGGCUGGGCACGAGUCAGGGCCCGAGGAGGACUGGCUGCGGCUGGGGGCAGAGGCCUGCAACUUCAUGCAGGCUCAGCGAGGACCCAGGCCUCCGCCUGUAGCCCCCAAACCGCAAGCCCCUCAGGUGCCACAACUGGCAGGGAAGGGAGGUCAACUGUUUGCCCGCCGACAAAACAGGAUGGAUCGGUAUGUUGUGGAUCGAUCUCCCUCUGUUGCUGCAGCACCUUACUCUCCCGGCCAGACAAGGGAGCCCUCACCCACGCCUUCGCUCCCUGCCACCUGGAAGUACUCGUCCAGCAUCCGAGCUCCACCUCCCAUCAGCUACAACCCCCUCCUCUCCCCCUCCUGCCCUCUGAAGGCGCAGAAGAAGCCGGAGGUGAAAAAGCCUGUGCCAGCUGGAGCUAAAGGGAAGAAAGCAGGAAUCAAACCUGUGGACAUUAUGAGCCACCAGCCCUACCAGCUCAACUCCUCCCUGUUCAGCUACGGGGGCGCGGUUCCCCAGGACACAUCAACUUAUCAACAGCAGCAGCAGCAGCAGCAAGGGAUGACAGGUGGUCCUCAGAAAACAGCACGUGUAUACGAGGUGAAGCGCUUCUCCACGCCUCCCCCGAUAGCGACAGGGCCUGCCCUCAAAGUUAUUGUCCCCCGAUCCGCGACGACACUCGGGGAACCGAUGUGGCGCUCCGACAUCACGUCUCCUCCGCCCACAUUUGGCCCCGCCUCCAACCGACCCUAUCAGCCUCAACCCCAGCCUUACCAACCUCAGUGGGCCUCGGCCCCUCUGUCUCCCCCUGUGCCCCCUGCCCCGACCGUGCCGCUCCCUCGGCUCCCCACCUUCUCCUCCUCUCCUGCUCCGAACCCGGUUCAGUCCCGCACUUUCUCCCACCUUCAGCCCUGCAACGCAGCACAGGCCAACAGGGAGUUUAAGAGUGCCCCGGAUCUGAGUCCUCUGAGUCCCACCGGUGCCUCUCAGCCGGCGUCCAGCAGCGCUCUGCCUGCCAGGGUGCCAAGGCCCAGGUUCAGCACUUCCAACUUGGGUCUGCAGCCUUCCGUCUGGCGCCCCGGAUCCACUAUGCACUGACCUGAUUCUGGUCUGGACAUAAGAAACCAGGGCUCUAUGCGAACAGGGAGCCAUAUUGUUUUUUUUUAAUUAGUCCUUGUGUUUUUAGUAUUGUAAUAUUUUAAAUCAGGGCUGCAUCUUGGGAGUUUUUCAGCCACUUUUUAUCACAAGGUCUGUUUGGAUUGGCCACACGUGUAGCACAUUUUGUCUUUAACAUUUAACCUGGUAGUCAGUUUGAUCUGACUGCUUCACCUAACGCAUUUGGUCACAUUUAAAAGGGAUCACUGUGUUUUGCAAAAGGGGAUGUGGUGUGGAAACGUGGGAAAGAUUUAAAAAAAAAAAAAGAUAAACUGCAGAUUGACAGGACAGGACAUGAAGAGAUGCUGGAAAAAGUUUUUGUAAAUAGCGUAUUGAUAGAUUCAAAAAUGAAGUUUUAGUGUUAAAAAGACGAAAAGCGGAUGUGAAAAGACGAGAGACUGUUUGAAGAGAGAUGUAGUCGAGGAUGGGAAGAGAUGAGAAGGCACUGAUGAAGUGACAUAAUAGAAACAAUGUCUGAUGAAGUGUAAAAGGAACAGAUUCGACCCAUAGCUGCACUGUCUGUAAACAUCUUGCAGCACCUGUUGUAAUCCAGCAACACCAUAUGAGAAACUAACAAAUUUGACAUUACUACUAAUACUGUAAUGCCCUCUGUAAUAUAUACUCUUUAAGUAUUAAUGUUUGAACACUUGCGUGUCUGGUUCUUUUUUUUUUUUUAGUUGCGUAUACUGAAGAGGUGUGUGCUUUUCUUUUCUGUAGUCUUUCAUAGGUGCGAGGAACGCGGCUGUCGCAGAGACGGGGAAAAGCCUUUUACAGUAGACUUGAUUUCUGAUCCGCUGAUGUGGAACAAGUGAAGGUAUAACGUGUCUGUUUGGCUGUGAUUCUUCUACACGGAGACAUGCGGCUGAAUAAAAAUAGACAUGACUCAC